UGAGAAGAAGAAAGGAAGCCCUGCAAAAGUGGGCUGUAAAUGUAGCAAAUGCUUUGCUCUGACAACCCCAAAAGGCAGCGGUCACAUGGUUUUGGAGAUAGAAAUGGUGAUGGAGGGAAGGUGUAGGAGGCAGUCAGGAGAAUUCACUGUCAGAUCUGGCUCCACUCAUUGAAUUGUCAACUCCCCUUGGUAAAUAUUUAGAAAAUGUCAUAGCAUGUUUCCUUUUGUAGCUGUGCUUAUUUCUUAAUUCACAUCCAAAAGAGCCAAUUCUUCCAUUUUCAGCCAGCCUUAGCUGAAUAUCAAACCACCAGGGGAUCCCAGCCUUACAGCUCACAGUGUUAGAGGCAGUCAUAGACAGAAAAUGCUUCCUCAGUGGAUUGUCUGGCUAGCUUAUGACAUUUUCAGACCACCUUUGCUUUUUCUCUUCUUCCUGUGGCUGGAAAUCUUAUGAAGCUGUCUUUUUCCUACCUCAUGAGGCCUUUUCAGGCUUUGCCAUAAUGUUUAAUUUCCAUACCAUACCUGUACAGACCUGGCCAGGGGUAUAAUUACAAGGGCAAUUAGAACCCAGACAGAUAUCGUGUUAGCAGUGGGGGCAAAAGUGGGCCUUCCUUUCUUCUUUUCAUUUGAAUGCUAUAAAUUUAGCCAGUGAAAAGGCACAGGGCUAGAAAAAGUAGACUUUCCAUUGAACUUGGCUCAGAUCAUCCAGGAUAUUUAUGAAAAGAAUCACAGGGCACCUUGACAGCUAAGGAACAAUAAUUGCUUUGAAUUAUAGUCAGUUUAGAAGUUUCCACCAUCAUAAAAAGGAGCAGAAACUUGGAUAACCCUGAAAGGAAAUAUGUUGAAAAUAAUUUCCAUUUGUACCAGACUUAAAUAUGGGUGUGUCUCGUUUGAGAAUUCAUAAUACUUCAAAUAAAACAAAGGAUAUUUGAAAGGACUAGAAAGCCGUCCCUAGCCUCAUUCUGUCCUUCUGCUCAGUUCCUACCUGUGUCCAGAAGCCCCCUAGGAGUGGUCAGUUAAUUUUACCUUCCAUCAUAUUUUCUCAGGGUGAAAGAGUAAGAAGAGGCCUUUUAUAAUACUGACUCUGAGUUAUAAGUCACCAGACCGGCAGGUCUCUAUCUGAUUCCUUUCUGUGUCCUCAGCACAGAACAGCGUACUACACACAGACGAAGAGCUUGACCUCUUUCAUUCUUAACAGCUGCAUGGGACAUAUAAGCAGCACCAUGAAGUUUGAGUCCUGAAAUCACGAUGCCAGUGGACUCUUCCAUGAAGACUGAGGCAGGUGUAGCUGCUGAGAGCCUGCUGACAUGACAUCAGCCACGGAGUUUGAAAACGUAGCCAACCAGCCACCGUACAGCCGGAUCAAUGCCCGCUGGGAUGCCCCGGAUGAUGAGCUGGAUAAUGACAACAGCUCGGCCAGGCUCUUUGAGAGGUCCCGGAUCAAGGCCUUGGCAGAUGAGCGAGAAGUUGUUCAGAAGAAGACCUUCACGAAAUGGGUGAACUCGCACCUGGCCCGCAAGUCCUGUCGCAUCACCGACCUCUACAAGGACCUGCGGGAUGGACAGAUGCUCAUCAAGCUGCUGGAGGUGCUCUCUGGAGAGAUGCUGCCAAAGCCCACGAAGGGGAAGAUGCGCAUCCACUGCCUGGAGAACGUGGACAAGGCCCUGCAGUUCCUCAAGGAGCAGCGUGUGCACCUGGAGAACAUGGGCUCCCACGACAUCGUGGACGGCAACCACCGCCUGGUCCUGGGCCUCAUCUGGACCAUCAUCCUUCGCUUCCAGAUUCAGGACAUUGUUGUUCCGGAAGGUCCGGAAGGUCGUGAGACGCGCUCGGCCAAGGAUGCGUUGCUGUUAUGGUGUCAGAUGAAGACGGCAGGCUACCCCCACGUCAAUGUCACCAACUUCACCUCCAGCUGGAAGGAUGGCCUGGCCUUUAAUGCCCUGAUACACAAGCACCGGCCUGACCUGAUCGACUUUGAUAAACUGAAAGACUCCAACGCCCGACACAACCUGGAGCAUGCAUUUGAUGUGGCCGAACGUCAGCUGGGCAUUAUACCGCUCCUCGACCCUGAAGAUGUCUUCACAGAAAACCCUGAUGAGAAAUCCAUUAUCACCUACGUGGUGGCAUUUUACCACUACUUCUCCAAGAUGAAGGUGCUGGCGGUGGAGGGCAAGCGCAUCGGCAAGGUGAUCGACCAUGCCAUUGAGACAGAGAAGAUGAUUGAAAAGUACAGCGGACUGGCCUCAGACCUGCUCACCUGGAUCGAGCAGACCAUCACAGUCCUGAACAGCCGCAAAUUUGCCAACUCCCUGACCGGCGUCCAGCAGCAGCUACAGGCCUUCAGCACCUACCGCACCGUGGAGAAGCCGCCCAAGUUUCAGGAGAAGGGGAAUCUGGAAGUCUUACUUUUUACCAUCCAGUCCCGGAUGAGAGCCAACAAUCAGAAAGUGUACACGCCCCACGACGGGAAGCUAGUGUCUGACAUCAACCGGGCCUGGGAGAGCCUGGAGGAAGCCGAGUACCGGCGGGAGCUGGCCCUGAGAAACGAGCUCAUCCGGCAGGAAAAGCUGGAGCAGCUGGCCCGGCGCUUUGACCGCAAGGCCGCCAUGAGAGAGACGUGGCUCAAUGAGAACCAGCGCCUGGUGGCCCAGGAUAACUUCGGGUACGACCUGGCAGCCGUGGAGGCCGCCAAGAAGAAGCACGAGGCCAUCGAGACUGACACGGCUGCCUACGAGGAGCGGGUGCGGGCUCUGGAGGACCUGGCCCAGGAGCUGGAGAAGGAGAACUACCACGACCAGAAGCGCAUCACGGCCCGCAAGGACAACAUCCUGCGCCUGUGGAGCUACCUGCAGGAGCUGCUGGCGUCCCGGCGCCAGAGACUCGAGACGACCCUGGCGCUGCAGAAGCUCUUCCAGGACAUGCUGCACAGCAUCGACUGGAUGGACGAGAUCAAGGCUCACCUCUUAUCCGCUGAGUUCGGGAAGCACUUGUUGGAAGUUGAGGACUUGCUACAGAAGCACAAGCUGAUGGAGGCUGACAUCGCCAUCCAAGGAGACAAAGUGAAGGCCAUCAACACGGCCACCCUGCAGUUCACCGAGGGGAAAGGGUACCAGCCUUGUGACCCCCAGGUGAUCCAGGACCGCGUCAGCCACCUGGAGCAGUGCUUCGAGGAGCUGAGCAACAUGGCAGCCGGGCGGAAGGCCCAGCUGGAGCAGUCCAAGCGGCUCUGGAAGUUCUUCUGGGAGAUGGACGAGGCCGAGAGCUGGAUCAAGGAGAAGGAGCAGAUCUACUCCUCCCUGGACUACGGCAAGGACCUGACCAGCGUGCUCAUCCUGCAGCGCAAGCACAAGGCCUUCGAGGACGAGCUCCGCGGGCUGGACGCCCACCUGGGCCAGAUCUUCCAGGAGGCAGAGGGCAUGGUCGCGCGCAAGCAGUUCGGGCACCCGCAGAUCGAGGCCCGCAUCAAGGAGGUGUCCGCCCAGUGGGACCAGCUGAAGGAGCUGGCCGCCUUCCGCAAAAAGAACCUGCAGGAUGCCGAGAACUUCUUCCAGUUCCAGGGCGACGCGGACGACCUGAAGGCCUGGCUGCAGGAUGCUCACAAGCUGCUCUCCGGAGAAGACGUGGGUCAGGAUGAAGGGGCCACGCGGGCCCUGGGGAAGAAGCACAAGGACUUCCUGGAGGAGCUGGAGGAGAGCCGGGCCGUGAUGGAGCAUCUGGAACGGCAGGCCCAGGGCUUCCCCCAAGAGUUUCGGGAUUCCCCGGAUGUGACCAAUCGGCUGCAGGCCCUCCGGGACCUCUACCAGCAAGUGGUGGCUCAGGCGGACCUGCGUCGGCAGAAGCUGCAGGAGGCCCUGGACCUGUACACGGUGUUUGGGGAGACGGAUGCCUGUGAGCUGUGGAUGGGCGAGAAGGAGAAGUGGCUGGCCCAGAUGGAGAUCCCAGACACGCUGGAGGACCUGGAGGUCGUGCAGCACAGGUUUGACAUCCUGGACCAGGAGAUGAAGACGUUGAUGACUCAGAUUGAUGGCGUGAACCUCGCUGCCAACAGCCUGGUAGAGAGUGGUCACCCACGCAGUGGGGAAGUGAAGCAGUACCAGGACCACCUGAACACCAGGUGGCAGGCCUUCCAGACCAUGGUGUCCGACCGGCGGGAGGCAGUGGGCUCGGCCCUCCGGGUGCACAACUACUGCGUGGACUGUGAGGAGACCAGCAAGUGGAUCCUGGACAAGACGAAGGUAGUGGAGUCCACCAAGGACCUGGGCCGGGACCUGACGGGCGUCAUCGCCAUCCAGCGGAAGCUGUCGGGGCUGGAGCGCGACGUGGCUGCCAUCCAGACCCGUGUGGGUGCCCUGGAGCGAGAGUCGCGGUGGCUGAUGGAGUCACACCCUGAACUAAAGGAGGACAUUGGCCGACGGCAGGCAUAUGUGGAAGAGCUGUGGCAGGGCUUGCAGCAAGCCCUGCAGGGCCAGGAGGCCUCGCUGGGUGAAGCCAGCCAGCUGCAGGCCUUCCUGCAGGAUCUGGACGACUUUCAGGGCUGGCUGUCCAUGGCCCAGAAGGCCGUGGCCUCGGAGGACACGCCCGAGUCCCUCCCCGAGGCCGAGCAGCUCCUGCAGCAGCAUGCGGCCAUCAAAGACGAGAUCGAUGGGCACCAGGACAGCUACGAGCGCGUCAAGGCGUCUGGGGAGAAAGUACUCCGUGGCCAGACGGACCCCGAGUACCUGCUCCUGGGCCAGCGGCUGGAGGGCCUGGGAACCGGUUGGGACGCCCUGCGCCGGAUGUGGGAGAGCCGCGGCCACUUCCUCGCCCAGUGCCUGGGCUUCCAGGAGUUCCAGAAAGAUGCCAAGCAGGCUGAAGCCAUCCUCAGCAACCAGGAAUACACGCUGGCUCACUUGGAAACCCCAGACUCCCUAGAAGCUGCAGAGGCUGGGAUCCGGAAGUUCGAGGAUUUCCUGGUAUCUAUGGAGAAUAACCAGGAUAAGGUCUUGAGUCCUGUGGACUCUGGAAACAAGCUGGUGGCCGAGGGGAACCUCUACGCAGACAAGAUCAAGGAGAAGGUGCAGUCGAUUGAGGACAGGCACAGGAAGAACAACGAGAAGGCUCAGGAGGCCUCCGUUCUUCUGAAAGACAACCUGGAGCUCCAGAACUUCCUCCAGAACUGCCAGGAGCUCACUCUCUGGAUCAAUGACAAGCUGCUGACAUCUCAGGAUGUCUCCUAUGAUGAAGCACGAAACCUUCACAACAAAUGGCUGAAGCACCAGGCGUUCAUGGCAGAGCUGGCCUCCCACGAGGGGUGGCUGGAGAGCAUCGAUGCGGAAGGAAAGCAGCUGAUGGAGGAGAAGCCCCAGUUUGCAGCCCUGGUGUCCCAGAGGCUAGAGGCUUUGCACCGACUCUGGGAUGAGCUGCAGGCCACCACGAAGGAGAAGGCCCAGCAGCUCUCCGCCGCCAGGAGCUCCGACCUGCGCUCGAAGACCCAUGCCGACCUCAACAAGUGGAUCAGCGCCAUGGAGGACCAGCUGCGGUCAGACGACCCAGGCAAGGACCUGACCAGUGUCAACCGGAUGUUGGCUAAGCUGAAGCGCGUGGAGGACCAAGUGAAUGUGCGGAAGGAGGAGUUGGGAGAGCUGUUCGCCCAGAUGCCCUCACUGGACGAGGAAGAGGGGGGUGCUGACAUGAGCAUCGAGAAGCGGUUCCUGGACCUCCUGGAGCCCCUGGGGAAGAGGAAGAAGCAGCUGGAAUCAUCCAGAGCCAAGCUGCAGAUCAGCCGUGACUUAGAGGACGAGACGCUAUGGGUGGAAGAGAGGUUGCCUCUGGCCCAGUCGUCCGACUACGGCAUUAAUCUGCAAACUGUGCAGCUGUUCAUGAAGAAGAACCAGACGCUGCAGAACGAGAUCCUGGGCCACGCGCCCCGGGUGGAGGAUGUGCUGCAGCGAGGCCAGCGGCUCGUGGAGGAGGCCGAGAUCGACUGCGGGGACAUUGAGGAGCGCCUGGGCCACCUGCAGAGCUCGUGGGACACGCUGCGGGAGGCAGCGGCCGGGCGGCUGCGGCGCCUGCGGGAUGCCAGCGAGGCCCAGCAGUACUACCUGGACGCGGGCGAGGCUGAGGCCUGGAUCAGCGAGCAGGAGCUCUAUGUCAUCUCAGACGAGACCCCGAAGGACGAAGAAGGCGCCAUCGUGAUGCUGAAGCGGCACUUGCGGCAGCAGCGCGCGGUGGAGGAGUAUGGGCGGAACAUCAAGCAGCUGGCCGGCCGGGCCCAGGGCCUGCUCGCGGCGGGCCACCCCGAGGGGGAGCAGAUCAUCAGGCUUCAAGGGCAAGUGGACAAGCAGUAUGCAGGGCUGAAGGACAUGGCCGAGGAGCGCAAGCGGAAGCUGGAGAACAUGUACCACCUGUUCCAGCUGAAGAGGGAGGCCGACGACUUGGAGCAGUGGAUCGCCGAGAAGGAGCUGGUGGCCUCGUCCCCAGAAAUGGGGCAAGACUUUGACCACGUGACUCUGCUCCGGGACAAAUUCCGGGACUUUGCUCGGGAGACUGGGGCCAUCGGACAGGAGCGGGUGGACAAUGUGAAUGCCAUUAUCGAGCGGCUCAUCGACGCGGGCCACGGAGAGGCGGCCACCAUCGCCGAGUGGAAGGACGGGCUGAACGAGAUGUGGGCGGACCUGCUGGAGCUCAUCGACACGCGCAUGCAGCUGCUGGCCGCCUCCUACGACCUGCACCGCUACUUCUACACGGGCACCGAGAUCCUGGGCCUCAUCGACGAGAAGCACCGCGAGCUGCCCGAGGACGUGGGGCUGGACGCCAGCACCGCCGAGUCCUUCCACCGGGUGCACACGGCCUUCGAGCGGGAGCUCCACCUCCUGGGCGUGCAGGUACAGCAGUUCCAGGACGUGGCCACCCGCCUGCAGAUGGCGUACGCUGGGGAAAAGGCGGACGCCAUCCAGGACAAGGAGCGGGAGGUGUCUGCUGCGUGGCAGGCACUGCUUGAUGCCUGUGCCGGGCGCCGCACCCAGCUGGUGGACACGGCGGACAAGUUCCGUUUCUUCAGCAUGGCCCGCGACCUCCUCUCCUGGAUGGAGAGCAUCAUCCGGCAGAUCGAGACCCAGGAGAGGCCCAGGGACGUCUCCUCAGUGGAACUGCUCAUGAAGUAUCACCAGGGCAUCAGGGCGGAGAUCGAAACCCGCAGCAAGAACUUCAACGCCUGCCUGGAGCUCGGCGAGUCCCUGCUGCAGCGGGAGCACCAGGCCUCCGAGGAGAUCAGGGAGAAACUGCAGCAGGUGAUGUCCAGGAGGAAAGAGAUGAAUGAGAAGUGGGAGGCCCGCUGGGAGCGGCUCAGCAUGUUGCUGGAAGUGUGCCAGUUCUCUCGGGAUGCCUCCGUGGCUGAGGCGUGGCUGAUCGCCCAGGAGCCCUACCUGGCCAGCCGGGACUUCGGACACACGGUGGACAGUGUGGAGAAGCUCAUCAAGAGGCACGAGGCUUUCGAGAAGUCCACGGCCAGCUGGGCAGAGCGCUUCGCGGCCCUGGAGAAGCCCACCACGCUUGAGCUAAAAGAACGCCAGAUCCCAGAGACCCCCGUGGAGGAGACUGGGCCUCAAGAGGAGGAAGGCGAGACAGCUGGGGAGGGUCCCCGAGGUCCCCACCGAGCGGCCACGGAGAGAACGUCCCCGGGGGAAGAAGAGAGACAGUGGCCCCAGGACCUGCAGCCGCCACCCCCACCGGGGCCGCAGAAGGAAGAGCAGGAGGAGAAAUCCGGCGGGGAUGAGAGGCCCGCCACAGAGCCUCUCAAGGUCCUGGACACACCUCUGAGCGAGGGUGACGAGCCCAUCACGCUGCCGGCCCAGCAGGACCACGGGCACAGCGUGCAGAUGGAGGGCUACCUGGGCCGCAAGCAUGACCUGGAGGGGCCCAACAAGAAGGCAUCCAACAGGUCCUGGAACCACCUGUACUGUGUGCUCAGGAACAGCGAGCUGACCUUCUACAAGGACGCCAAGAACCUGGCCCUGGGGGUGCCCUACCACGGGGAGGAGCCCCUGGCCCUGAGGCAUGCCAUCUGCGAGAUUGCUGCCAACUACAAGAAGAAGAAGCACGUCUUCAAACUGAGGUUGAGCAAUGGCAGCGAGUGGCUCUUCCAUGGCAAGGACGAGGAGGAGAUGCUGUCCUGGCUGCAGGGCGUGAGCACCGCCAUCAACGAGUCCCAGAGUAUCCGCGUCAAGGCCCAGAGCCUGCCGCUGCCCUCCGUCACCGGCCCUGACACCAGCCUUGGCAAGAAAGACAAGGAAAAGAGAUUCAGCUUCUUCCCCAAAAAGAAGUAGCCUCUUGCGGCGCCCCACAGGUGGGGCCGGGCUGCGGGUGCCGCAGUGCCUCCCUCCACGGCCCAGGACAGGCUGGGGCAUCCUCAGCCUUGACCUUGGCCACAGCCCUCCUCCCGCCCGGCUGCUCGCUGCCUGCUGCCCGCCUGCUCCUAGUGGCCGGGCGGGGCUCCCGGGCCCACGCUGCACUGCAAUAGCUGCCUUCACCUGCCCGACGCCUGCUCCCCCACCAUCUGCAGAGCGGCUCCAGGGACACAGGCUCCCAGCCUCGCUGGGCCUCGGGGCCUGGGGGUAGGAUACGGUCUCCCAGGCACACGCCCUCCUCCCACCCUAUGUUGAGGAUGCACCAGCCCCCAGCCCCAUACAAGCUAGAGCAGGAGGCUAAUGGGUCCUCAGAUGCUCCCACUCCCAAAGCAGAUCUUGCAUGGGCUCACCCCCCACUUGGUCCAAACCAGAGAAAGGGAAGAGGACACUGGGAAUACCUGACCCACCCCCGGGCACGAGGAAGGAGCCUCCAGGUAGGCCCACAGGGAAAGGGGCUGCUGGGGCCUGAGGGACAUGAUGGCCCUGCUCCCCGCUGGGCUUCCUCAGAACUGGGACUCUCACCUCAGGGGCCACCACAUCCCUUCCCCCGUCCAAGGUCUGUGGGUCCCAAGGGCAAGGGGCCUCCCGCUGCUUCCAGCACUCUUUGCCACCACCACAGGUGGCAGAAGGGCCAGGAAGCUCUGCAGCGGUCCUUCCAGAGUCUAGAAUCUAGACCUUCCGUUGAAGCUUAGGGCUAGCGCUCAGACCUGAGGGAGGUAGACACGUCCUGACACUGCCUAAGGCGCUGCCUCUCCGCGCUGGGACCUCUCCCAGUAGCAGCUGAACCAGCAAUAUCAACUCAGACCCAGGCCCCCUUCGAGACAGUACAGUCCCCAGAUACCAGAUGGACAGCCCAGCACCUGGAGUCAAGCAGCCCAAAGCCAAAUGCCCAAUGUGCACUGUCUAUAUAGCUGGUCCCACCCGAGGUUACCGGCUGAUAGGCAGCCAAGUUCAUGUAUGACCUACCACCCUGGGAUGGCAAGCCUGGCCUCACCUGGGGGUUACCACCCUCACCACACAACCCAUGGACAGCUGGACAAAUGCUGGGGCCAGAGCCAUGAAGGUGGGGCACCCCUUGCUCAGCUUCUCUGAAGGCCCUGGCCUUGGGUCUUGGGGGAGUCACACGGGUGCAGAAGUCACCAAAUGUCACCCCAUCCCCAAGCACAGCUAAAGGGGUCCUGUAACCUAGAUGCACAGGGACGGCCUUCCCAGGCGGCCGAGGUUGACAUCCCGAGGGAAGGGGGCUGGGUCCACAGGGAUGUCCCUGCCGCGCUUCGAAAGCAACGCAGCUCCAGCCCAGUGUCUUAACGGGCUCAGUCCCGCAGAGGGGUGGAGCUGGUGGCAGUGCCCAUUUCCCCUGGGGAGACCAUACGAGGCCCUACGGCUGCCGCUGCUGCUUCCAUCACCCUCCCCAAAAGGAGCCUUAGAUUCUUCCGGCAGUGGGUGAGGCCAGGUAGAAACCCGGGGAUGGGCAUCUGGCCUUCCCAGGAACACUUAGCACUUAGCCUGAGUCUUCCGGGACAACUCUGCACACCUCGGGGAUCAAGACCACUACGUCAAGAUGAAGUGGACCUCAGCGGACAAGAACCGUGGGAGGGAGGUUCUCCGAUGGGAGCCUGACAUCCCUGGAUCAGGUGGUCCCGCCCUGCAGCCAGGGCCUUCAUGUGGCCUCUGUACACUUAACCCUGCAGCCCUCUUUGUGCCUACAGGGAGCGUAGUAUAGACCACUCACUAGCCUCUUUCUACGCCUGGGGAAACCAAGGCAGGAGUCAGUGAGGUAACCACACUCACCUGGCAAGAAAGAAGGCCUCUGGUACAUCUGAGGGCAUGUCCUGCUCUGGGCAGAGCGCGUUCCUUGCUGAAGAGCAGGUGCUGGCAAGUCUCCCUCCACUGUUUCCCAGGCCAGUCUUGAGGGAGCCCAGGGACAAGGGCCCCCCCUCCACGCGUGCCAAAGUAGCACCUGAGCGAGGAAUCUCAGCCCCAAGAAUGAAAAGGCCCCAAAGGAAGCACGCGGACCCAACCAGCCAGGUCCCCGACGGUCAAGGGUAGCCAGCUGCAUGCGACCCGCCGCCUAGUGCCAGCUCCCACAUCCCUCCACCACACAGGCCCCAAGACCCUCCACCAACUGGGCUGACAGUGCAGGCACCCAGCUUUGGGAGACUGUGCCACAUGGAGGCGAAGCCCCUGGUGCCCUGCAAGGCAAUUGUGGUAGUUUUGGGUUUUUUUGUCCUCCUUCCAUUUUCUACUCUGCAGUCUUUUAACAGAAUUCCCAAACUAGGUCGACACAGCUCCAGUCCACACCAGCACACCAGGCUUCCUCCCAGGGCAGUUGAGGAAGCUCCCUCUGGGCAUGGCCGGGUGGUCCUCCUGCCCCUUCACCCCCUGGCCUCCACGGACUCUGGCUGAGUGGGGAUGGAUGAUCCUUAGGCUUCCCUCCCCCACUAGCACCCAUCACAGGAGGCCUGUCGGAGGCUCCCGUCCACAGCACUUCCUUCCUGCCUAUUGGAGGGCAACAAGGGUCCCGGAGGCUGGUCCUGGAUCCCCUCCUCCCUUCAGUGGGAGGGGCAGAGAGCCCAAGGGCCAUGCGGCUUGGUCCCUUGGACACGCAAGCUCAGGGAGGACGUAGCGGAGGAGGCAGCUACAGAGGACUUUGCAACCCUGUUGGGCACAGACCACGCAACCUGGGGCCUACUGGGCCUCGUCCUCUACCUGCUCAAACGUGCUUCCACCAAACAGAGGAAACCCAUUUACUAGUUUUUCUAAUAAAUCAAUAAUGCUCCA